GCAUUGAUGCUUUCCCAGCUGGAGAUUUCGGGAGACGCGGUCCUCACCUGAGAGAUCCGGUACAAUUCCCCCGGUGGAAGGCUGUUAAUGGAGAAGAGGGCGGAUGACAGCCGGGACUGUGGUCAUCACAGGUGGAAUAUUAGCGACUGUCAUUUUGCUUUGUAUCAUCGCUGUCCUCUGCUACUGUAGACUCCAGUACUACUGCUGCAAGAAGGAUGAGUCUGAGGAGGAUGAGGAGGAGCCUGACUUUGCCGUGCACUCCCACAUCCCGCCGCUCCACUGCAACCGCAACGUAGUGCUGACCAACGGCCCGUCCCUCUACACCUCGUCACCUUUCGGCAAGAAACCAACACCGAGCCGGCCCGGCUGCCCCAGCUGCACUCCGUACGAGCCCCCCACCUUCUUUCUGCAAGAGCCCCCUGAGGAGCUGCACAACGGGGGUGACCGGGUAAGCUACAAGACAGUGAGCCAGGAAGAUCUUGACCUUCCAGUGAGCAUGGCCAACCUGCAAGCGCUCAACCCCAACCGGCUCUCGGCCAUGCGGGAAGCUUUCUCCCGCAGUCGCAGCAUAAGCACCGAUGUGUGA